AUGGUCGUUCGGCCAGAUGUAGGCGACAGCGCCGCCACAAGGGCACUUCGGUGCAGUGCCAGGUGCUGCCUGGUCUCCGGCGGCCUCACCGUCUUGCUUGCCGGCCUCGGCUGGGCCGAGCCUGUCCUUGCCCAGCUGGUGCCCGAAGUGGCAUGGUUCCUGUGCGUGCCUUCGCUUCUUCUGCUCCUCUUGGGCCUUGCUGGCCUGUGUGCGACUCGUCAAGGUCCCUCGAAGCUGCUCCAGGCGCAGCUCGCGGUCUUUAGCUUUCUCGGCGCUCAUUUCCAGAUUGCCUUGUCCGCGGCACCCGCCACCGAUGUCCGCCCGGCUUGGUGGCCAUACGCUGACCUCUUCUGCAUGCACGCCGAUGAGAUUCCGCGCUGGUUGCAGUCCCGCUUGCAGCCGCCCGCCGACGCCGUGGUCCACCUCAAACUCCGCGAGCCUUAUUCCCAGCAGCUGGGCUCUGCCGGCUCCCAGCCAGUGGCCACCACGGUCCAGGGCAGGAACUGGCGUGGCGAGGUGGCUGCAGUCGUGUAUACUGCCGCACGCAUCACAGCAAACUUGCUCAUGUGGAGGUACCAUUCUCUGCCUGUGCGCUGGCAGUUGCUGUGUGACGCCAUCGUGCGGCCCCUGGUGACGGGGCUUGGAGCAUACAUAUGCGUCGAGAGGAGUUAUCGAUUGUCAGCUGACUCGCCGCUCCACAUGUGGGCGCGCUGGUUAGUCUUCUGCCUAGCCUCUUUCCACUGUGACUUUGUUGUCGCUGUUGAAUUGCCCUGGGGAAUGGCAAUGUUUGGGGUCCUGGCAUUUCUGUGGGAGGUCUCUUGCAAUGCGAUUCAGAUGCACAUGACAAACCUCAAACUACGGGCCCUGGGCUACCGAAUCACUGCAAAUCUUAGCAAGGUCUUCCUCCUCGUGGCUUUGUGCGCAGCGGCCGCUGAAUUGUUGCCUGUUGAAAAAACCACCAUCGAGAACUGGGUGUUUUUCCCGAGCCUUGCAGCAGUCUUGCUCCUGCAAUUCUACGGCCUGAGCCAUGCAGCAGGCCGGGCAAUUUGCCUCGGGUGGCAUGAUGCCGUUGUUCGGGCCACGGCGGGCUGUUUGCUCAUCAACGCUGCCCUUUUGAUUCCGGGCCCAGUUCUCAGUGGCUACGCUUUGAUGGUGCUUCUUUCGGUCUGGGACCCAAUGUCACUCUACACCCCAAACAACGUUCUCUUCCUGACGUUGGACAUCUGCCUCCAGGUCGUGAACGUGCUUCUGCUGAGCGGCAUGGUGGGCCCGCAGCAGUUCGCACAACCAAUGGAAGCAUUCCAGAAGCUUGCCGACUAUAACGGCUAUGGGUUUUUGUCGAAGCGAAUUGCCUUUCCUGGGCGGGUGAACGUGGCGUCCAGCGAUUGCAUCGUGUCUUUUCCCGGAAAGUACAGCGAAGAGUGGGAUGAAGCUGUGUCCGCUGCAAACACCCAAGACGCUUUCUCCUUGGCAUGCGUCUUCCUCACGGACCGCGCCUCUGGCCUGGGUCAGCAUUCGGACAAUCCUGACAAUCCUGGGAGUUGCUGGUGCCAUGCGCUUUACGGCAGAAUGCCGGCAUCCACUUACCUGAGCGUCGUCGACGAGCAGCAGAUGAAGCAACAGCAUGAGGUUGCAGGCGAUCUUCAGCAGGCCCUGGAGUUUAGAAAGGCUGAUGCCGAAGCCAUGGGGCAGCUGCUCCUGACAAAGCGAGACCAAGGAGAGUUGGACUGGGAACAGGAGCUCGCAGAAGCACUGAAUCGGGCGGAGGACCGAUGCCUGGCAAACUGCGGGCGGGCUCCCUGGGGCUGUCGCUGGUUCGAGGAGUGGCGGAAGAACGUCGACAAAGCCGUGGAGCUGAAUCAGACACUGCACGUGUUCUACUUUGAGAGCCUGGCAGGCCAUGGAAAGAUGGCCUGGCACCAGCUGCCCGACGCAAAGGUGAGGGAGCAAGUCCGAGAGCGCAGCGGCCUGGGUGCUUCUCAAACGGCUGAAGUGGCCUACCUGGACAAAAAGGGCCUAAGCUACCUGGAGCACGACAUCAGGGAGUUCAAGGAGAUCAUGCGCGCCGCUGCGAACUAG